CUUCCUUCUCCUUUCGUACAUAUAAACUAUAAAAGGAUAUGAUGCACAAACUUUCCUCGUACAUAAUUUGCGUGUGAAAAGCACACAGAAUCAUAGUGUAUAAAUAGGAUACCAUAUUCCGGUGUUAAAAUGGACGUUAAAAUUUUGUUACUUGCUUUCGUUCUUUUUUACGGUAUAUGGGAGGCAAGCUGCUGUGAUAAAAGUUGUUCUACAACUGGAGAGAAUAGUUCCUGUAAUAUGAGAAAGCGUAGAUCUGCAGAUCCCAGGAAUGUGACGAAAACAGAAAUUCUCAAAAGGAUUGGAACACAAUUUAGCAUAAUGCUUGAAGAUAAUCCAUGCGUAUUUGAAACCUACGACAUUGAUGGAGACGGACUUAUCCUUAGAGAGGAACUCGAAUCUAUAUUUGGUGUGAAAAAGGAAACGAGUGAUCUUUUCGCCUUCAUACACUCAAUAGAUGUUGACGGACCAAUAACCCUUGCCGAAUUCUGUGCCGCCAUUCCUCAUCUAGUAAGUGAGUGUUACGGCUGCUGUUACGACAUAAACUAAGUUGUUUUUUAGUCAAGUAAGAACAAUUAUAGCAUCAAACACUAAAGAUAAUAUUAAAAAGUGGGAACAGAGAACAAUGUUUUAACCAAGUUCAACGGAUAGUUCAAGACGUUUUAGUUUCCAUGCAUCCUGUUUAAAUAUUUUAGCGACAUAAUUUUAUUGAAAUCUAUACAAAAAUUGUUAUUUUUAUUUACAAAGUGACUGUGCAGCAAUUGUAAAUAUUUUCCAAUAUCAAAUUUAAGCAUAGUAUAUCUUUAGAUUCAUAUAUAUUUAUUAGUUUCAUAACCAUCAUUUAUUAUGUAUAGUAGAAACAUCGUAAUUGAUAAAUAAAUAACCAUAUAUACA